AUGGAUUCUGACACUGGCUCCACCUGCAGUCGCUCUUCAUCCCCAGAACUCACUGUCGACUCCAGCUUCUUCUCCAAAAAGAUGUUUCAGGCUGAAAAAGCAGCCAACAGAUCUCCAGCUUCUGGCAUAAAAAGCCAAGACUGUCCAGAACUCUCGAAAGACGAUAUUCAGGAGCUGAGACUUAAGGUGAACAGCCGAGAGCGCAAGCGAAUGCACGAUCUCAACCAAGCCAUGGAUGGACUUCGCGAGGUGAUGCCGUAUGCCCAGGGUCCUUCUGUGCGCAAGCUCUCGAAGAUCUCCACUCUCCUUUUGGCUCGCAACUACAUUCUUAUGCUGUCCAGCUCCUUGGAUGAGAUGAAGAAGCUAGUGGGCGAAGUCUACGGCUCCAGCGCAUCUCAAAACCAUGCCCCGAGGCCCGUCCUGGCUUCUUCUCAGCUUCCCCUGCAUCCUCUGGCCCAGCCCUUGCACCCUCUGGCAAGCGGAGCUACGACUGUAAGUUCCUCCACGCUUCAGAACACCAGUACUCACACAGCUUCUGCUCCAGCUCCUCAUUCUCCUCCGUCUGCGGGAUAUCUGGGCUUCCACACGCAUUCAAUUCACAGCUUACUGAAGGACCCGCUGCAUUUGGCAAGCUCAUACCGGCACUUCCCUGGCAUGCCGUGUCCUUGCUCCCUGUGCCAGCCUUUUCCAGCCUCUACAGCCAGCCUGCAUGGCCUUUCCAUGAGCAAGUGAUCCAGAAAAGGGUCCAGGACUCAAAACUUACCAAAAGGCCCAAAUUUGAAGCUGAACGCACAAAGGCUUAACGCCGAGAACUCAUGAAUGUUCUGUAAAUGCCUUGAACUCGAAUAUUUGUACAUGAAUGUCCUGUUUUUGCCUUUUAUGCUUAAAAUAUUAAUUAUGCAUU